UUUGUCGAGGGGGAAGGCUGGGGAUCGGAGCGAUCGAUGCUCUCUGCGAUCUAUUUGUAUAGUUUACCCAGAAGCGAAGUGGUUCGUCGACAUCGAACUGAGAACGGCGGAACGUCAGGGCGCAGUUAUGAUGGCUGCGGAGAAUGAGGGCUACCCAAGGACAUCCAUCGAGGACGAUUUUAACUAUGGCAGCAAUGUGGCCUCGGCCAGCGUGCACAUCCGCAUGGCUUUCUUGCGGAAAGUAUACAGCAUACUUUCAGUUCAAGUUCUCUUGACCACCGUGACCGCUGCUGUUUUUCUGUACUCCACCACAAUUCGGACAUUUGUACAUGAGAGCCCUGGUGUACUUCUGUUGUCCUUACUUGGCUCCUUGGCUGUGAUAGUGGCGUUAACUAUAUACAGACAUCAGCAUCCAGUUAAUUUAUAUCUUCUCUUUGGAUUUACCCUUUUGGAAGCAAUUACUGUUGCUAUCACAGUGACUUUCUAUGAAGUAUCUAUUGUUCUGCAAGCCUUUAUUCUUACUACUGCUGUAUUUCUGGCUCUCACUGUAUACACUUUACAGUCCAAAAGGGAUUUCAGCAAAGCUGGAGCUGGGCUGUUUGCUUGCUUAUGGAUUCUUCUCCUCUCCGGCUUUCUAAGGAUCUUCUUCUACAGUGAAGUAGCAGAGCUGGUAUUUGCUGCUGCAGGAGCACUUCUGUUCUGUGGAUUUAUUAUCUAUGACACUCAUCUGCUAAUGCACAAACUAUCUCCUGAAGAAUACAUAUUGGCUGCAAUCAACCUCUAUUUGGAUAUCAUCAAUCUGUUUCUGCACCUGCUGCGCUUGCUAGAAGCAUUUAAUAAAAAGUAAUGGGGAGUUGCCCUUCAAAACUGUGAGAUUUGGAUAUGGUGUCUAAAUUGUUAAUUUAAGGCAUAGAAAAUUUGUGGUGUUCUUUGAAGCUUGUUUUUACAUUCCAGGGCUAUUGAGUGUUUUCAGUACAAAGGAUGUGUUAGAGCUGAUAGUUAUGAUUCUAUUCUGAGAUCAGUUAAUUAUAUAUUGCAGUCAUCUUGGCUGUUUUGCAAAGGCUUCAUUGCAUCUGUUUGCGUAUUAUUCUUGAUUGAAAGACUUGUUCAUCAACCACCAAUUGUGUCAAUAAGCAGUAUUAAAAUUCUAUUUUAUUUCUGCAGUAAUUGCCACAGGUGCAUCCUUUGAAAUUCACAAUUGUGUCUGGAUGGAUGACAUAAAACUGAAUCUCCUUAAUUUUGCUGUUGCAUCCUGAAUAUUUAAAUAAGACAAAACUGUACUGGUUUUGGUCCUUUUAAAAGCUUACACUAAUAGCACUUUGAGUGAAGGAGUUAGUCCAAAACAUGAUUCUUCUUCCUCUAAUAUGUUUUAAUAUAAUUCUCCUUUAAUAAAAUCAAUACCACAUUGUGAAAGGAGUAACCUCAGUGAAGUAUAUUGCAUUCAUUAGAUUAUUUGUUUCUGGAGGUGGAUAACUGUCAGAAAUUUUUAUUUGCCAGCACAUUCUUCUGUUGUGAAGAUCUGCAGGUUCGUAAAUUUUUAAGAAAUGCAGAAAAAGAAUACAUACUAUAUCUUCACAUUUCUCCUGUUCCUUUAAGGUACUGAAGAAAGCUGAACCUAUCUCAAGGCAUUUUUCCCUAGUCUUUUACGUGCAGACUAUUUAUAGGAUAGUAUUCUGAUUGGUUUUGUACUUGGAAAUGUUGGCAGAACAUGAGAGGCAAUUCCACUAAACCCACUAUUCUAUCAGAAUGUUAAGAAUGGAUGAAAAUAAAUGAAAUUACUGUGGUUCAAGCCAUUGGCCCUUUUAUUUGUUGUUUAUAAGAUUGGUAAUACUAAUAUUUGAUAAUUAACAUACUCCUACUGUUAAGCUCUACAAGG